AUGCGCAGGCUACUUGUGAGGAAGAUCUUUACGCCUCAGGCAUGUAGUAUUACAACUCAGGUCUUUCUGAAAAGCAUAGAGGAUAUUGAAGUGUCGCUGCAGACAGCGACCAACCGAAGACCGGAGCUCAUUCGUCAUGGUCAUCGUCUUUUUGAGACUGAAGUUCUCGAGGACCUGCCCUCUGCGUAUUCUUGGGAGGUGGCAAAAAAGAUUUGUCAAAUUGCGACAACGCUGCGUAUUUCCCCUGUAAAGAGCUUACUCUACUCAAAAGUCGUGAAAAUGAGUAUGGAUGCUACACCUGAAUCCAGUACCGAUCUAUAUGCCCUUGCACGAGUGAUUCACAGUUGCCUAGUGCUUUGCUCACCUUUCCUUUAUCAAGUAUUAUUCACAUUUAUUCCGCUGUUUAUAAAGCAAGCAUCGAAUAUGAAUGCGAUAUCAACAGCAAUUCUGAUUAAUGCCUAUGGGCGCGCUGAGGUCCACCACUCGGCGUUAUUUCAGGCUCUUUGCGAUUCCGCUGCAAUCACGUUUAAGAGUCCACAGGUUGAGCUUACUCAUAUCGCCAACGUUGCCCAUGCCCUUUAUCGCGUAGAAUUUUUACACAAACCAUUGAUGCUGGUUCUGCGUGAACAGGCGUCACGUAUGGGAAAGGAUGCCAAACCGCUUGUAAUGGUUUUACUUCUUGACGCUUUCGCUAGACUUGGAUACACCGACGACGAGAUUUUCUCCGCGUAUGAGACAAGGCUAAUAGAUAAUCUCAAUGAUAUGAAGCCACAACUUUUUGUGUCGUUAUUAGAUUGCCUGGCUACUGCUGGACGUGCUACUCCGACAUUUAUGGAGACAGCAGAAAAGUAUAUCGUAGCACAGGCGAACGCCUUCAAUUCUGUUUCCAUCUCAAUCACCUUUCACGCGCUUUUCAAGGCCAAUGUUCUUUUAGAGGAGGCCUUUGGUGUUUUAGCAGAGCGAGCAUGUAAGUUACCGUCUGAUUUUCGCGCAGAAGAGAUUAAUCACACACUUAAUGCUCUUAGUUCCUUUGAUUUAUUUGACGGCGAACUGUUUCCGCUUCUCGCAUCGCGGUUCAUGACUCUUAUAAAGCAGGGUAACUAUGUUGACAUACACGAGGCAGCCGGUAUUUUGGCAAGUUUUGCCGCCGUUCAGGAACGCCAUGACGAGCUGAUUCAUAGCUGCACACAACUAUUUGCUGUCCAUAUUGAGGGCGGCAUGAGCCCUUCUUCAAUCGUUAACGCAUUGUGGGCUUGUGCGAUUCUCAAUAUCCGUAAUGAAGCACAAAUAAAAUUGUUAGAUCACGUCAGAAAAAACCCAAGACUUUUAAAUCUUCAGACUGAACCUAAAGGUAAACUAUCUGAACGAGAGAGUAGUAUAUUGAAGGAGCGCCAUGAUCACGUUUUAAAAGUAUGCGGAAUCGAUUCAUAUGUGCACUCUGUUUCAUAAUUUAUGCAUGCAUAAUAUCGAUUAAUGUGGAUAGCUUUCUCCAAGAAGUAUUUAUAAAUAAAGUAACGUGCCUUCAAAAUGCAAGAAUUGGAUAUUUUUUCAUCUCAAACCUCAUUGUAAAAGGACGUAAAAUAGCGCAGAAGAUAUAAUCAACAAACUUCGUAUUCCAUGGUAGUAAUGGUUUGUAUACCUGAUUAUGUUGAUCUAACAGAA